GGCUCCGAGCUGGCGGCGGCUCGGGGAGGAGAAGCCGGGCCGGCUUGGACUGGGCCGGGGCACCCGUCCCUUUAUCUGGCCAGCUCCGCCAUGCAGGGCUCCGCCGGCAACGCGAGCCGCGGGCUGACGGGUGGGCCGCCCCCCACGGCCUCGGCCGGGGCCGGCGAGCGGGGCUGUGAGAACGGCGCCUUCAUGGACAGCUUCGGCAUCUUCCUGCAGGGGCUGCUCGGAGUCGUGGCCUUCAGCACCUUAAUGCUCAAACGCUUCAGAGAACCAAAGCAUGAAAGGCGUCCAUGGAGGAUAUGGUUUCUAGACACUUCAAAACAAGCCAUAGGAAUGUUGUUCAUCCACUUUGCAAAUGUCUAUCUAUCAGACCUUACUGAAGAGGAUCCUUGUUCACUGUAUCUUAUCAACUUCCUCCUUGAUGCCACACUGGGGAUGCUGCUAAUCUACAUAGGUGUUCGAGCCGUCAGUGUUCUGGUGGAGUGGCAACAAUGGGAGUCCCUUCGAUUUGGCGAAUAUGGAGACCCACUGCAGUGUUGUGCCUGGGUUGGGCAGUGUGCUCUGUACAUCGUGAUCAUGAUGUUUGAGAAAACCAUCAUCAUCAUCGUCCUCCUAAUACCUCAGUGGAAAAAGGUAGCUCUUUUGAAUCCUAUUGAGAAUCCCCAGCUGGAGCUGGCCAUCGUCAUGCUGAUAGUCCCUUUCUUCGUCAAUGCAUUCAUGUUUUGGGUUGUGGAUAAUUUCCUUAUGAAAAAGGGGAAGACAAAAGCCAAGCUAGAAGAAAAAGAAGCCAGCUUGGACUCUAGAAAUGGAAGCAAAGUCCGAUACAGGCGGGCUGCAUCCCAUGAAGAGUCAGAGUCUGAAAUUCUGAUGUCUGCUGAUGACGAGAUGGAAGAGUCAGAUGCAGAUGAAGACCUCCGAAGACUGACCACCUUGAAGCCAGUGAAAAAAAAGAAACACCGAUUUGGGCUGCCCGAAGCCCCCAUCAAAAAGAAACGGCCUCCCAUGAAGGAAGAGGACCUAAAGGGAGCCCGAGGGACCCUCUCUAAAAACCAAGAGAUCAAGUCCAAGACCUACCAGGUCAUGCGAGAAUGUGAGGAAGCUGGCUCAACUGCCCCGUCUGUGUUCAGCCGAAGUCGGACAGGCGGAGAGACUGUCUUCGAGAAGCCCAAGUCUGGGCCCCCCAAGAGUGUCUUUGGCUAAGGAACUCCGUGCUGCUUCCUGGCCCUGUGCAUCUCCACCCCACCUCACAUCUGAGCCCCAGCACCAGCCCUGACAUGGACAGCUAAGCAGACACCUCUCUUUUAAAGAACUUUUUUUUUUUUAAUACACAAAAUGUCCACUACUUUUUUUUUUUUCCUAGAAGUACAGGGUCUAGGAGCUGGGCUCUGGAUCCAGGAUCUUAGUCUCUUUCUACUGCCCUUGAUUGUCCAGGACAGACCCCACAGACACAAGGAUGUGUGAAAAUCUUUGAAUCAUCAGUAAAUCAAAGUAAUCAGAGAUGUUUGGGGCACUGUUCUCUCCUGCCCUUGGUCUAGACCCAGAUUGUGGUCCAAGGGCCAAGACAGGAGGGGAGGAGGCUUCAAACAUGGGUAGACCUCUCUACAGGAAAAUCUGUUGCUGCUGUUUAGCCCCAGCCCUAGCCCCUUCUCUCCCUCCAGAUCAUCAACUUUCUACUCCAUAGGUUGUCACUGAACCCCCUGCCAUGUACAGAGCUCAGGCCACCUUGGGGAGGCUGCCCAGAGAAGAUGACACAAGCCCUUACCCAGAAGCUGCCAGUCUGGCUACAAAGAGAAGACUCCCAUCUGACAGCACAAUAAAGGAUAAAUUGAUGUGUGAAA